UGGAGUAACACCAGGCUAAAGAGGGGUGCCGAGACACACGACAGUCGGGAUAAGCGUCAACUUUGUUUUAGGUUUCCAGACUCGGAUGCACUCCUCCUGACACAUUUUAAAGACUAGUCAGCGUCAAACAAACUUCUGCAUGAGUAAAGGAGCAAAACGUCGUUCAGGGAAACUACAUUGCUACAAACUCGAAGCUGCGCGCGACGCCAACAUUGUAACUGUUAAAGAAGUUUAAUUAAUGACUUAAGUUAAUGAAUGCCUGGGGAGGAAUUUCUUCGCGUACUUUGCGGUGAAACUACCACAUAGUUAGGUUCAGUCAUGUCAGCAUCACCUGUGCACUCAGCGCGGGUCAGGCGCAGCAAUGACGGGUCCCCCAUCAACGCCUCCUCUUCCUCCUCCUCUUCAGCAUCAUCGUCCUCAUCCUCCUCCGCAGGCAGCUCGAGCCGGUUGCAGCCCAUUCGCGCCACGGUGCCCUACCAGCUCCUGCGAGGAAAUCAGCAGCACAGCCCGACCCGCCCUCCCUCCUCCUCCUCCAUCUCAGUCGGAAGCAACACCGAACCGACAGCAUCAGCCCAGCACCGCAGCUCCAGUCCCGGCAGCCCGGCAGGAAGCGGUUCGCUGAUCCCGCGGCAGAGGCGCUCUCCUCCGGAGCUCAGGAGCUCACCGGAGCGCUGCCCUCACUCACCUGUCCUUAGAGCCAUACAUUUCACUUUGGCGGAGACCCCUGACAGCAUAGAAGCCAUGAAGGCCUUCAAGUGCUUGAACCCCGUUGAGAGGUCAAAGUCGCAACAGGUGUGGAGCACAGGUGCUAUCAGACGGACUUCCUCUCUGGGUGCUAUCACCGGGCCCUACCUGAUAGGACAGUGGCCACGUGAAUCCCACCUGCACAGCCUCUCGUGCAUGAAAGACAAGUCCACACAGACUCCUGGAUGUUGGAGUGACGAGAGCGAAGAGAAAGGGAACACACACCAGCGCUCGGCAUCCUGGGGCAGCUCUGACCAUCUUAAAGAGAUCGCUAAGCUCAGGCUCCAGCUGCAGCGCAGUAAGCAGAGCGGAGGCCGGCAGUGUAAGGACAGUAAAGAGCGUCUCUCCCCCCUCCACUGCUGUAGCAGCAGCACCUCCAUUACUGCCUCUACCAUCAGCACAGCCAGCCAAGCUCCGUCAUCCAUGUCGAAGUCAGCACAGGUGCCGCUGUCCAACAUCACAGUGCCAAAGGCCUCCAUCUCCAGGGUUCCCAGCAGCAUGGAGGGCAUCAACCAUGAGCUGGAGAAAGUCUUCAUCAAAGACAACGGCGAGAAAGAGGAGCUCAAGGCGCUGGAGGUUCCUGACGGGCGACGGGCUCCGUUUCCUCCUCAGCAGCGCAGCAGCAGCAGUCGUGGUAUAGACACUCAGACGCCAUCAGUGCCUGGACGCUCCAGCAGCUGCUCGAGCCUGUCGCCCUGCCCCUCGCCCGCAUGCCCGCCCCGCUCACAUGACGGCAGCCCUUACUCCACCGACGAGAUGCUGGACGACAGAGACAAAGACAGCGGCAGCAGUUCUCCUCUGCCUAAAUUCGCCUCGUCCCCAAAACCCAACAACAGCUACAUGUUCAAACGGGAGCCUCCAGAGGGCUGUGAGAAGAUCAAAGUGUUUGAGGAAAUGACGUCCAGACAGUCAGCCACCGUCCCCCUUUUCUCCUGCCCUGACAAAAACAAGGUCAACUUCAUCUCCACCGGCUCUGCAUUCUGCCCCGUCAAGCUCCCGGUAUCCCAGCUCCAGCACUCGGGCUCCCAGCAGGAGGACGAGGAGAAAGAGGAGAGCCAGGCCGGCCCCAGCGGCUCACACCACCACCACCACAUGCCCACUCAGGUCUCCACCAGCACGAGCACAGACGACCCUCCCGAAUCUCCCUCCCAGCCUCAGAGCUUUGAAGUCAGCUAAACGCGGCAGAGCUGGUCUCGGUCGCGCCGCUCCGCACCCGCGUAAAGGACCGUUCGUUCCCCGCCCCAAACUUCCUGUUCCCCCCCCUGACCCCACCUUUGUGCUGAAUCUUUACUAUCUGCAUGGCAUAGCAACUGCGGCCCGAACGAGAAUCACAAAUGCAAAGGCAGCCGAAGGGUUGGAGUACGGCGUCUGGACGGGAAGGGCAUCUGAAGGAUGCGUUUUUGGGAAAAGGACCUUAGAAUAUGCAAAUCCAAAAUUCAAAUGGCUUCACUGUUAUCUCCAUAAAUGAGUGAGAGUCUCAUACAGAAAUCUUAUUUAUUGAAUUUGCCUAUUUGAUAAGUUCAGUCACAUUCCAGAUAUUCCCGUUUUGCUUUUUUUUUUUCUUCUGUGUGUCAGAUUGAUUCCGGGUUGAUCCCGAGCAAGCGCAGCUUUGCUUUCGUCGUGUGCUUAAAAUUUAAGCAAAGUGGCUUUUGUAUGAGCACUAUAAUCAGCGCAAAGCCACCGAUUUACGAGCAGAAAGACGACUGACGCUUUCAGGAAGGUCUUACUAGUGUCAGGGCAUGCAUUUGAAACUAAUCGUAUGUUUAACAUUAAAUUAUGUGUCGUGUUCUCUUUCAACAUCCACAGUAUGAAUAAGCUCUCUCUCACUAUCAAUAUAUCUAUAUACGAGAAGUCUAUAUAUAAAGAAAAAGCUUGUUUGAAGUUAAAACCGUGUAUUGCUGUGUUAUGUGCAUUAUGGGAAAUGAGCUGUACUCCACGGGUUGACGACUGUCCAGGUUUCCUACUUUCUGGCGAUGGUGCAGAACGAGAAAAAGUACUGAAGGUUUUGUUUUUUCACACUUUGUUGCACAGUGUCCUCCUGCGGCCCACCUCGCUUCAGGUGCAUCACACGGGCUUUAAACUCAGGUAAAACUCCGUCUCAUCCUUCUCUGCGUUCCAUCACAUUCCAUGUUGGGAGGUUUGAGUGGGUCGGACAUGCUGCGAGUUGGAAACAUGACAUCGUACAGCUCUCAUGGAUCAGACACACAUCCUCACAGUCACUAUAUGACACAUAUUAGCAUUUAAUAAGACAAACUACAGCUCAGAUCACAGGUUGGAGGCGUGUGAGAUGCAUUUCUGUCUAUUGCAGUACUGUUUAAGUGGCAUGUUGGAACUGUGAUUUUGAUAAUAAAAUUUUAACUUUUUUUUUUUUUUUGAAAUACCAUAAUAAGCCUUUUAUAUGAAUAAUGAAAUUUAAGUUUCAAGAAUAAAAUCAUAACAUUAUGAGAUUAAAAUACACCAAAAGACAGAUCAAUUAUUUGGUAAACCC